AUGAGGAUCCUGCUGAUAGUCAUCCUCCUCUCAUUCAUGACAGGUUGUUUGAGCUCCUUCAAAGUGACAGGAUACUCUGGAGGAACUGUCAUCAUCGACUGUCAUUAUUCCACAGAAGAAAGAAGUCAUGAGAAAUAUUUCUGCGUUGGGCAGUUUAGUUGGAUUUGUAAGUAUCAAAUACAAACUGGAUUGAAUAACACCUGGUUCCACAGUGGUAGAUUCUCUCUGUAUGACAUCACUGGAAGAAACUACUUCAAGGUGAUCAUCAGACAACUGACCAGACAAGAUGAAGGGACCUACUGGUGUGGAGUGGACAAACCUAAUAUACCUGACAGUUAUACCAAGGUAGAGCUGGAUGUGAAGAAGGAUGACUGCUGUGAGAAGUCAGUCACAGAGACGGCCUAUCUGGGAGGAGAAGCUACCAUCAGAUGCAACUAUCCAGAGGACCAUGAGUACAGCACCAAGUAUUUCUGCAAGGAAAGCAAUGACUUCAAGACUUGUGUUAAUAUGACCUCUGCUCACCAGACAACUGCAGAAGCUGGUCGUUUCUCUGUGUCUGACAACAGAAGAGAGAGAUUCUCCACAGUGACCAUCAGGGACCUGACUGAAGAUGAUACUGGGAACUACUGGUGUGGAGUAGAAACCAGCAGGACAGAACAACGUUACAUUACACUGAUCACACAGGUGAAGCUGCUUGUUAUAAGUGAGUAUAAACUUCUUCUUUCUCUUUAA